AAAUGGAUAAAUCGGGGACCUGAGGGCUCGAAGGCCGGUUCAAAAACGCGGAUAUAUACAGGGGAGACGGGGAGGCCGUUCCCAAAAAGCGGAUAUCGGGCGGUCGAUUCGAACCACCGACCUACCCUCAAACCAGACGCACGCGAGACCG